AUGAUAUAUUCCUUAAACGCUACGUUUUAUGAUAGGGUUAUAUCUCUUCACUUCGUCACUUUCCCAGGUUCCCAUCCCGCUCCCGCAUACAGCCAGCCGCUACCUACCUCCCUCUCUCUCAAACCUCAGUCUCAGUUGAAGCACGCUGACGGCCGCGAGAGUCUCCUCACCGUUCUCGUCCCUUCUCCGUUCUCGUCCUUCAGUUCGGUCCCGCAGCCACAGCCACCCACCCACUCGCGAAAGCCAGCCAGAGUCUCUUCUCUCCAUCCUUCGCGUCUUCAGUCCCGCAGCCACGGCCAUCCACCCACCCAGUGGGACAUUCCCUUUCGCACUACAGAUUUUCAGAAGAUGAACAAGCGCUUUACAUUGUCAUUGACUGUCGUUUUAUCUUUUGUUCUGUUAUUUGGAGAGGCGAAAACUAUUGAUCCUUACAAGUUCAGAAAAACAAUGGAAGAUCAAUUCAAGAACAGCCCAGAAGACAAGACAAGAUCCCAUGUUAGAAUUCCUCCACCAAGGGGACAAAUUAAGGCUAAGAUUUUUAAGGAGAUAUGCAAGAAAGUAAAGAACUUAGUGUCAAUGAUGAGAAAGAAGAAGAAAGUUGGUGAGAAAUAGAAGCUGAAGUGCUGCAACUGCUCAAGAUUCAGAGAGUUAUUAAGAUUCUUGACACUUAUCUUCUUCUUUGAUUCUUGUUCUUUGUUCAUUGGAUUCAACAAUGAAGAAAAUGGGAUAUCGAAGAGAUCACUUGAGUGAUUAGGGACACUGUUGUAAGAAUAGAUACUUUGUAGUUAUUUUCUACAUAUAGUUUUUCUUAAUUUUGUCAAGCUUUUGGAGCUUAUUUUUGAAUAAUAAUUAUUAUUAUUU